CCAUACGUACUCGCCAAGGACUGGAGCUUUCCAGGCACAGAACCGCAGUUGAGCGCGCGCGGAGCUUUUAAUGAUCUCCAUACGACCACCUGGUUAUAGAAACUAGACUGCCUGCUGAGCCUGUUACGCAUCUACGCAGUGUACCGGCGAGGAUUAGACUUUGGCAUCAAUCAACUCCGAGUCGGUCCGCCGGAUAGACCAAGCCAUUUUUGUGCGGCACCUACACCCAGAUAUGCUUAUUAUAAACGGUGCUCUUCGGUCGGCUCUCCCCCGACUCUUCUCUCAUGGCGAACUGGGUAGCAUCUGCACUCCUGGGAGUGGCCAACUCCUGGUAUUUCCGGCGCUAUGAGCCUACGAACGCCCAUUCACCGGUCCUCGCGAUCCUGAUCCAACCUCCCCUGGCCCUGUUCCUUAUUUCCCUCCAAACCGGUGCAUCGGUGCUCACCUGGACCGCAUUGGGCUGCAUGUAUGCGGGACUUAUCGGUGCUAUGCUCCUGUCCAUCACGCUCUACCGUGUCUCGCCCUGGCACCCACUGUCCGCCGUCCCUGGUCCGGUGGGAUACAAGAUCUCGAAACUGUGGAUUUUGCGCGACGUUGCGAGGGGAGAUAUGCACCGGGUGGUCCGGGGGAUGCACGAGAAGUACGGGCCCGUCGUGCGGACAGGUCCGAACGAGGUGUCGAUCGCGCACGUGGACGCGGUGAAGCGCGUGCUGGGGACGUUCUCCAAGGGACAGUACUACGAGGCGCGCUAUGAUCCGUCCCUCGGCACGCGCUCGCUGCUCAUUCUGCGCGGCGAGGCGCACACGAGCCGCCGGCGGAUCUGGAAUCGCGGAUUCAACUCAGAUGCGAUCGCGGGUUACGAGGCGAUGAUGGGCCGCCGUGUCUCGCAGCUGCUCGACAAGCUCAGAGAGCAAGUGAAGUCUGGAGCGCCCGUGAGCAUCUCUUCCUGGCUUGGGUUUUUCACGUUCGACUUUAUGGGCGAUAUGGCAUUCGGUGGAGGGUUCGAGAUGCUUCGUGACGGAGGAGACAAGAACGGGCUGUGGAAGAUCAUCGAGGACGGGGCUCGAAACGUCGCCUUUCUCUCUCAGAUACCUUGGAUCGCGCCGAGCUUGAUGUUGAUUCCGAAUCUGUACAAAGGCCUCGUUACUCUCCGUCGCUUUGGGGUCGAUUCUGCUACGAACCGGGUCAAUGCUGGCUCGAGUGUAAAGGAUUUGUGGUACCAUCUGACCGACGAAGCCGAGCUAGAAAAGCAGCGGCCGAGUUUCCGAGAGGUCGUGGCGGAUGGUGUAUUGAGCAUCAUCGCGGGUUCCGACACUACUUCGACGGCACUAAGCGGCUUUAUCUGGCUCCUACUGUCUCACCCUGAGGUCUACAAACGUCUGCAGGCGGAAGUCGACAGUGUGUAUCCGAAAGGCGAUUCGCCACUCGACUCGUCCAAGCACAAGCAGCUGCCGUUCCUCACCGCAUGUCUAAACGAAUCGCUCCGGCUUGUUCCUCCAGUCCCUUCCGGCGGCCCUCGGCGGGUUCCUAGCAAUGGUGGCCGUGUUGUCGCGGGACAAUACAUCCCCCCAAACACGCAGAUCUACGUCCCGCAGUACACGCUCCACCGAUCCGCCGACAACUUCUACGACCCCGACGCCUUCCGGCCAGAGCGCUGGCUGCCGGGUGGCGCCGGGCCGGACCAGAUCCACAACCCGCUGGCGUUCAUCCCGUUCUCGUUCGGCUCGGCGAACUGCGUCGGCAAGCACCUCGCGAUGCGGGAGAUGCUCACGGUCGCCGCGGCGCUGGUGCAGACCUUUGACAUGCGGUUUGCGGAGGGCUUCGCGUCGGAGGAGUGGGCGGGAAAUCUGCACGAUGUGUUUGUGACGAGCAUCGAGAUGCCGUUGAUGGUUGAGAUGACCGUGAGGACGUAAAUAGAUGGAGUCGUGUUUUUUUUUGGCGGUUGCGAAUGUGAGGGCGUUGUAUUCCCACGGUUUAUCAUCAGGAUAAUAGCACCGCUAUGCAUAUGGACAACUCGUGUUUAGCUUCCAACUGUCAGUCAAGCUCCAUAUCGAUGAACUCACCGUCUUUUUGGCUCGUGAUCCCGAUUAUGCGGUCAAAUGUCAGCCCCAAAGUUGGCUGAAGCCCGCCAUAUUUGUCUCACGCGAUUCGAGCCUGAAUCCAGGA